UUCAUUUGGCACGCGAAGUUCCUCGUAAUGUCUGUUGGAGGAUUCGUACCUGGAUAUACUCGAGUCUAAGACGCCUGAUGGAGAAAUCUACUUGACUUUAGUUUCACUAUAAUAGGAAGACAGAACUUUGUGAGUCCAUGAAGAGAGGAAUACAUCUUAGACCACAAAAUAAAGAUUUGAUUGGUUUCUCGCCCCAGCACCCCUCCAUCUAGCUCUGGAUACCCUGUAAUACUGCUACCACCCUAGAAACACAUAUGACUAAAAUGAUUCUGACAGGAAGGCAACUCUGAACAUAUCGAAUUUCAAUUCCCUUCUCUUCCUUCUGUUAUUUGUUCUCUCAGUCAUGCUGUAUUCAGCAGAGAGACACCUCUGUUAGCUGAGUUUCUGUCAUUCAUAAGGGGAGCCCUUAGAAAAGCACAAGUGGUUUGUUGAAGAGACUGACAAAAAAAUUAUACCGUCUACUGUACAUAAUUAGCUGAAUUGGCAGUUGAAGUCGAAUCAGCGAUCUCUUGGUAAAUUCUGAUAACAUAAGUUCACUAUUGUACGUUCUCUUGGCCUGGGUUUGGUUGAUGUUUGAUGUGCAGAAAAUAGGAGGAAUUUGAUCAAAGCGAAGACAAGAAGAACUCUGGAAGACAAGAGCAGGACAAAAGGUGAAAGAGGCUAAAUGAAAUGAACUAUGUCAACUACAACAUAGAGUUGUCUGAACACUGACUGCAGGUUUUCAACUACAACAUAGAGUUGUCUGAACACUGACUGCAGGUUUUAAACCUCAACAUAGAGUUGUCUGAACACUGACUGCAGAUUUUAAACUACAACAUAGAGUUGUCUGAACACUGACUGCAGGUUUUAAAGAGUGAAAUCCUGCUCCCUCCCAUCCCUUUCCCUUCAUCAUCCCCCUCUCUCCUGUUGUUCCUCUCUUCCCUUCUCUCCGUCUGCCAUCUUCCUUUUCUCUCCCACAUUCUACCCAUGUUGUCUCAACAGACCCUUCUCUCUUGGCUGCUGACACCUGUUGACCUAGUCUGAAAGCACAACAGACAUACAGCAACCAAACCUCUCCAUACCUUCCUUCCAGUCUUUCCUAUUCUGUCUAUCUAUAGUCCACCCUGGCACCCGGCACUAUUCCGUCUAAGGGGGAGGAGGACUUUCUGACCCUGGCCGCUUCUCGGUUCAGCCGUCGGAAGCGUGCCAUCGGAGCCGCCAUGGGCGUGGCCAUGGUUCUACUCCUCCUGAUAGCCAUCCCCCUAUUGGUUCACACCAUGAAAGGGGGAGGAGCUAGCCAAGGAAGUGGCGGUGAGGGGUCCCAUUAUGAGAUGCUGGGGAGCUGCAGAAUGGUCUGCGACACAUAUAGUACUGCCCAACCAGGCCAGGAGCUGACAGCCAUGUCCCCUCAACCGGAAUACCCCGGGCGGAAGAAAACGGGGUACCGCGGGGUCCCUGGGAUCCCUGGUCCUCCAGGCGCCCGAGGACCCCCUGGGGAAUCAGGCAAGCCAGGGCCACAGGGGCCUCCCGGCCCUGGACCUAACGGUUACUUCCCCUCCUACAGCCCCAAAAUCGCCUUUUAUGCAGGGCUAAGGAAACAGCACGAGGGCAGCGAGGUGUUGAAGUUUGAUGAUGUGGUAACCAAUGUAGGGAACUACUAUGAGCCAAGUACUGGGAAGUUCACCUGUCCUCUACCUGGUAUCUACUUCUUCACCUACCAUGUUCUGAUGAGGGGCGGAGAUGGGACCAGCAUGUGGGCUGACCUGAAGAAGAACGGACAGGUGAGGGCCAGUGCCAUCGCCCAGGAUGCGGACCAGAACUAUGACUAUGCGUCUAACAGUGUGAUCCUGCAUCUAGACGUGGGAGACGAGGUGUGUGUACAGCUGGACGGGGGGAAGGUCCAUGGAGGAAACACCAACAAAUACAGCACAUUCUCUGGGUUCCUCAUCUACCCUGACUGACUGACUGAAUUGACCAACUUGACCGACUGAACUGACUGACCUUCACAACUUUAAAAAGACAAGAGAGGCUGUGGGCGGACUGCAGGAGCUGAAGGCAACACAGACAGAUGCAGACAAACACACACACACACAUACACACAAACACACAUAUACUCAUAUACACACA